CCCUCCCUCUGCCCGGCCGCAGACUGCUAAGCUCAGCAAGUCUUGCGGCAAAGGCACUUCGGAGCAGAGUUGGGCCCGGGGCGGAGCGGGGACUCCGCGCCCCCGGGGAACGAAAGCCGCCGCUGGACCGUCGCCAGCGCCGCAUCCCUGCAGCCGAUCUCUGCCUCCCGUCGGGGACCGCGGAUCUUUCCCGCAGCGUCCGGGUCGCCCUCGGCUGCCCCCUUUGCCACCAUGAGGAACAUCUUCAAGAGGAACCAGGAGCCCAUUGUGGCUCCUGCCACCACCACUGCCACGAUGCCUGUCAGGCCGGCCGACAACUCCACGGAGAGCACGGGCACUGGGGAGAGCCAAGAAGACAUGUUCGCCAAGCUGAAGGACAAAUUCUUCAACGAGAUCAACAAGAUCCCUUUGCCACCCUGGGCUCUGAUCGCCAUGGCUGUGGUUGCUGGUCUCCUGCUGCUCACCUGCUGCUUCUGCAUCUGCAAGAAAUGCUGCUGCAAGAAGAAGAAGAACAAGAAGGAGAAGGGCAAGGGCAUGAAGAACGCCAUGAACAUGAAGGACAUGAAAGGGGGCCAGGAUGAUGACGAUGCAGAGACGGGCCUGACAGAAGGAGAAGGUGAAGGCGAGGAGGAGAAGGAGCCAGAGAACCUGGGCAAACUGCAGUUUUCUCUGGACUAUGAUUUCCAAGCCAACCAGCUCACCGUGGGUGUCCUGCAAGCGGCUGAACUGCCUGCCCUGGACAUGGGUGGCACUUCAGACCCCUAUGUCAAAGUCUUCCUCCUCCCAGACAAGAAGAAGAAAUAUGAGACCAAGGUGCACCGGAAGACACUGAACCCCGCCUUCAACGAGACCUUCACUUUCAAGGUGCCGUACCAGGAGUUAGGAGGCAAAACCCUGGUGAUGGCCAUCUAUGACUUCGACCGCUUCUCUAAACAUGACAUCAUCGGAGAGGUGAAGGUGCCCAUGAACACCGUGGACCUCGGCCAGCCCAUUGAGGAGUGGAGAGAUCUACAAGGCGGGGAGAAGGAAGAGCCGGAGAAGCUGGGUGACAUCUGUACCUCCUUGCGCUAUGUGCCCACUGCCGGGAAACUCACAGUCUGUAUCCUGGAGGCCAAGAACCUCAAGAAGAUGGACGUGGGGGGCCUUUCAGACCCCUAUGUGAAAAUCCACCUGAUGCAGAACGGCAAGAGACUCAAGAAGAAGAAGACGACCGUGAAGAAGAAGACCCUGAACCCCUACUUCAACGAGUCCUUCAGCUUCGAGAUUCCCUUUGAGCAGAUCCAGAAAGUCCAGGUGGUUGUCACUGUGCUAGACUACGACAAGUUGGGCAAGAACGAAGCCAUUGGCAAGAUCUUUGUGGGCAGCAACGCCACAGGCACGGAGCUGCGGCACUGGUCCGACAUGCUGGCCAACCCUCGAAGGCCGAUCGCCCAGUGGCAUUCUCUUAAGCCAGAGGAGGAAGUGGAUGCGCUCCUGGGGAAGAACAAGUAGGCCACAGACGCUGGGCCUCCUGCCUCUGAGGGCACUGACAAGAUCCAGAGCUAUCAAUACCUCAGUUACGCGACCCUAGAGGUUUCUUCAUUUGUUUGCAGUGUGUCCUGUUUUUCCUUCCUUUUACUCUUUCUAAAGACCAACUUCUUUUUGGUGGCUGCGUGAAGGGAGUCCCCUAAGUGGUGAAAGAGAAGCCUGGCUCUGUCUGUUUCCAGGAGCUGUCCUUGUUGCAUGUCUGUCGCGGUUUCCCUCGCUCUCAGAGCUUCACACAGGCCUCGCCCCACGCGGGGCCUCGAUUGGAGGAAAGUUGAAGCAGUUCCUGCUUUUCCUGGGUUUUGGACCAACCAAUGGUGGCACAUUCUGUUUCUCAACUGUCAAGGCAACACAAAGUCCAGCGUGUUGUGUGUGUGUGUGUGUGUGUGCGUGCGUGCGUGCGUGCGCGUGUGUCCAUCCCUGCCUGCCUCUGUCUUUGAGUCUUUCUCUUCAUUUCUGGAACGAGCCACGGACAGUGAAGCCAUGUGAAAGGAGAAAGUCUUCAGGGACUCCAGGAUGAAGAAAGCCAGCUGCCUCAGUGGGAGGCCCGGCAGCGUGUGAAGCUCUCAGAGUCCUUGGGAAUGGCCAUUUGGAAGGCAGCACAAUGUGGUGCUGGAUGUGUUCAGAACUAGGACCAAAGCCCUUGAUGCCAUCACAGACUUCCUCUUGUCAGUCAUGGCUUCCCCCAGGAAUGUGGUUUUGGGGACAUUCAUGGGAACAAACUCUCACCGGAUUGACUGAACUCUACCCGAGAUUGCCGGCCCCAGGAUUGCAUUCUUGUUGAUAGCAUCAAACGUUGAGGAGAAGCCCCGUUACUGAGAAAGCCUGAAGUUGAGCUCCUGGAUCUUUGUCUCCUAAGUGGGAAGUACAAGCUUCCUUCCUCCGCAGGGCAGAGCGCAGGCAGUGCCACGGUCAUUCGCAUUCACGCGCCAUCUUGCUUUUGCUUCUGUUCCCCUUUUUGUCUAAGUGGAAAAAUACUGUCUGAAGACAAACACUCUGCACAGAGCCAGAGACCCGAGAGAGGAAGGCUUGAGUGUUUAGGUCCCUUGAGGUCCAGGUAAGGAGGUGGCAAGAAGGGGAAGCAUGGAUAGACAGUGAAGAGCUCACAACUCUGAUUCCUGGCUCCCUGGGUCCUCAGGCCUCCGUGAUGGUAGCCAGAGGGGCCCAGGCAGAGCUGUGGAUAGGCCCUAUCCUUCCAUUUCCUAGAGGCAGGGAAAUGCCAGGAAACAGGGCGUUCAUUUCAAAUGAGUGCUGGAGGAAACCUGCGAAGGUUUCUACCCCUGUGUUCAGUGUCCCCUUCCCUGUUCCCCACUUGUCCCCAGUAUUGAUAAAAGCCAUAUAUAUGUUAGUCAGGCUAGCACUGAGUACCCUUCCAACCUUCAGCCCGGGCAAAGGAGUUAAUCCCCAUGUAGCUAGAGGCUACCCCUUUCCCUUGGUCUUGCUUCUCUUCUCUCCUUGAAUCUCUCAGGCCCUUGUUCUCUUACCACAGAAAAUACACAGCUUCCUGGAAGCCCAAGGGAGGUCACAAUUCAACAGCAAUGUGGCAGAACUUCUGCUCUGCCCACUUUGGUCCUUCCCUCUUCUUCUAGGUCUGAUGGAUGGUGGUGUAGAGUUUGGCUUUGAGAACCCAGUAUGAAGAAGGCACAGAGUAUCCUAUAGUUUUACUGAAAAUGGGAGCUGUGUGGGUUUGCUUUUUUGUUUAAGUAGGGACCAAGUUAACCCCUCUACCAGAAACAGACUGUGAAGUGAGGUUUGACCUGCGUACCUUAGAGGCGCUUCUGCUGCUGGCCCUGGGUACAUGGGAAGUUAUGUAUUUUAUACACUCUCUGUAUGUGCGUGUAUGCUAAACACUGAGGAGGGAAGUUUCUGCUGGGAUGAUGGGUUGUAGACUCCUUGGGACCAGAGGUACAGAAAAUUGUAGGGCAAUAGGGUCCACUCCGAGUCCGGGUGGUUGAGGAGUACCAGGGUCCUGGCAUGGACUUCACAAUUCCUUUCCAUCCUCAGAGCUGUGGAACUUUGGUGCUUUCCCAGGUCCCUUCCUGCACUGGCUCUUCUCACACACAUUCCAUAAACCUCAUUCACAGACAACCCCCCCCCCCCCCGACCCUACCCUUCCUUCUUUCUACAUUCUCCCAGCUCUCCCAACCCAUCUUUCAACUUCUCGGCUUCUCUCCUGGAACCUCGUUAAGGCCUUUCAUAGCCCCUAGCCCUACCGCACUGCUCACAGAGGAGGGAAGGUAUGGUUUUAGUGUCCCUUGCAGAUGGGCUACAGCUCUGUUCUGCAAGGGCUUUUGGACUCUGGUCAUCAGUUUGGAGGCAGCAUCAGUGCCGGAAGUGGCUCCUCCCCAGGCCUAGGGCCGGUCCCUCGCUAGCCACCCAAGCAGACAGCACCUGUUCAAGGGCAGGAGCUGGGCAGGAACAUGUCGAUACUCAAGUCUUUAUGCACUGGGGGUUGAUGUGACCCAAACCCAGUAUAGCAUUCCAAACCUUCACUGCCACGGGGGUUUAUUUCUGGGGGUGUCAGGGUCCUGGGGUAUCAGCAUUAAGUUAAGAUAGUCAAUGUUUCUGGCUGGUGAAGGAUUCUGGGUACUUUUGGGUUGGAAGUUUUUAACCCUAGAAACAAAGACUGAGGCCUGGGGAGUCGGAGGCUCCAAAUAGCAGAUGCUUGUUAUGAGAAGCAAGGUGAGGCCCAACUGGAGACCCUGGUCUUCUUUCUCCUCAAGAAGCCAACACACAGUUUGUAUCUCUGCAAGAGCGACUUGCAAUGAUUUUGCUGGCCUAAGAUUUGGUGAGGGAGGUGGGAGGUCUCUCUUAUAGGCCUCUUCGUAAAAGCAGCUUUAUAAACAUGUCUCCAUGCUACACGAGAGGGUGGGUGAUGCUCCCCAAGAGGAAGGAAUCCCGUGUCUCUCAACUCUGUAGGAGAGCCUAUCUUUGAGGGUGUACACAGCAGCAGACUCCCCAAGUUAGGAAGAGACUGGACUCCCUCCCCCACCACAUCCUCUGCUUGCCCCUGCUCUGUCUCCCACCCACCGCAGGCUGGUUGGGGUCUUCUCUCAGAGCCAUGGGGAGCAGGAGGUGUUCCAGAGCCCCGUAAUGGCUGCCAAAUUCGGGAAAUACAAAUACAGGAUACUUGGUUAAACUUGAAUUUCAGAUAAAUAAUUUUGAAGUUAUAAGUAUGUCUGACGCAAUAUUUGGGACAUACUGUACUAUAAAGUGAUUCAUUCUUUAGUGUGAAAUUUAAAUUUAAUUGGCUAAUUCUGUAUUGUGUCUGGCAAUAUACCCUCUGGCUACUUCAUCCCUCUUUUCUCAGUCCCAGGGGCCAGAGCUGGUUACCACAGACUUGACUUAACCUGUUUUUCGAACUGCAAUAUUGAGAAGGGGACACUGUGACUUGAAGAUAUAUGAAUAUACUUUAUUUUUUAAGCAACAACAAAACAGGAAACUUCUGAAGCCAUUGAGCCUCACCUGACCCCUCCAUGCGCAUUUAGUUCUAUAUUCUGAGAGAGGAUGCUAUCUAUAAACACAUGAGCAGAACUGAUCGAGAUGCAUGCCUACAACUCUGUAAAUAGCCGCAUGGCAAUACUGAGCGUCCCCUUGAUCCCCCAACCCCAAACCCACUUUACAAAACUGGCUGCUCCUUGAUUUUAUGUUGUGUAAAGUCUUUGUCCUCGAUCCCACCCUACAUCCCCUACAGGGAAUGUCCACAAUGGGAGACCACAUUCUGGCCCCAGUGCCAGCCUCGCCCGGGGAAGAUGCUGGAGAACACGGGCCCUGUGGGCCCUGCGGCAGGUCUGCUGCAGGUCUGUCUGCAGGGUUAACCCUUGGGGCACAGUGUACUGUCUAGCCUGUGUCUGGUGUCCCGUUGCCUUUAUGUUCCGUGUGUGUGGCGUGGUUCCUUUCUUCCCACUGUCUUGAAUAAACUGAAAAGCCAUAAAGGGGCCUCCUACUGGAGGCUGCCCUUGACUCCUCCCAGGAGCACCCCUGUCCCUCCAACUGGCUCCCCACAGAACACUUGUGAAGGGCUCACCUGUCCGUUAUCCUCUCUUGUUCCCUCAGCCCUGCAUCAUGAGGACAGUUGGCAUUUCAGGGCUUCUGGUGGGGUCCCGGGAGACGGCCCUGGCUGGCUUUCUUGGCGUAGGUCUGAUGGUGGGACUCCACUCUGUCCUGGGUGUAGGCAGGGCAGUGGCGUGCUCUGUGGUUUAGAUCUCUCAGAAGUCAGCAGCCCAGCCUGUAACUGGGCUUCACCGUAGCCUGGGAUGAACAAGGCUAGCCCAGCCUACUUCUUUCUCCCUGAGCUGUCAGGGCCCACAGAGAGCAGUGGAGAAGUGACCAGUGGGGACAGUGGGUUAAGCUUUCCACCCACACUCCCUCUUUGGUCUGGCAGUGCCACAGAGCAGGAUGCCCCUGAGAGCACGGUGGCGGGUGUGGUGAUGAGGGGCGGCACUAGGCUCUGCCCCUCACAUCAGCUCCCAGGGCAGCCUGAGCAGGCACAGCAAGCGGUAACAGUAUGGGGAGAGAGACCUGGAGCAGCCUGGGCACCCACAGGACUCCCGAGGAGUGCAGUCAUAUGUUACUAACCCAGGGGACCUCAGGCCAAAGCCAGAGGCAACAAGGGGCUCUGCCAUUUACAGACCAUGACGCUUGAGCACACGCAAGUCCCAGGGACCUUUGUGCUACUGACAUAACGGGGCAACUGGAGCAACCAUUUCAGUGUAGACUGGGGUUGGCUGGAGUCCCCCCUCUCCCCACUGGGAACAGCAGCAGGAGAGUGUGGCAAGGUUGUGGGAGCAGUGUGUGGGCCUUAGCUUCACCCCAGGUUUUCUCAGCAGCCAGUAAGAUAACGACCUGAAAGCCUGACCAUCCUGUUUGAGUCCUGGUCAGCUAAGGACUUGAUUUGCUUUCUGAAAACUCGGGGCCCGUCCAGAAACUUUUAAAACUGGGGCUGGGGCAGAACCCGAGUGUGCCCACGUCACCCCUGGAGUGCACUGGCCUCACCAGGAGCCCUCCCUGUCUUCAUGAGGACACGUGUAGCCCUCCCCUCCCCUCUCUGCUUGGCACUGCUCUCUCCAUUCCCUUCUGUGGACUCUGUUCUUGUCUGAUCUGUCGGAUUGUUAUUUUGUAAUGAGCUGCGUCUCCUUAUUAAAGAAAAGAGCUGAAAGCAA